GGGAUUACAUACCUGGCCUGCCUAACCUAAUUUCUUAAAAAAAGGAUUUGAGACAGUUUGAAGUUUAUUUAUUGUUGAAUUUGUUAAUUCAAUGGGUGAAUGUUGUUAAAUGAUUUUAAUAUACGUGAUCCUGAUUCAUCUGUUUUGAAGGCUAUGUUUUUGGUAUACUGUGCACUGGAGAAAGAACCUGUACCAAUGUCCUUGCCUCCAGCUUUGGUGCCACCUUCUAAGAGAAAAACGUGGGUUGUGUCCCCUGCAGAAAAAGCUAAGUAUGAUGAAAUCUUCCUGAAAACAGAUAAAGAUAUGGAUGGAUUUGUGUCUGGAAUGGAGGUCCGUGAAAUUUUCCUGAAAACAGGCUUACCUUCUACCUUACUAGCCCACAUUUGGGCAUUAUGUGACACAAAGGACUGUGGGAAGCUUUCAAAGGAUCGGUUUGCCUUGGCUUUUCACUUAAUCAAUCAAAAGUUAGUAAAGGGCAUUGAUCCUCCUCAUGUUCUUACUGCUGAGAUGAUUCCACCGUCAGACAGGACUAAUUUACAAAAGAGCAUCAUAGGAUCAAGUCCUGUUGCAGAUUUUUCUGCUAUUAAGGAACUAGAUACCCUUAACAAUGAAAUAGUUGACCUGCAGAGGGAAAAGAAUAAUGUGGAACAGGACCUUAAGGAGAAGGAAGAUGCUAUUAAACAGAGGACAAGCGAGGUUCAGGAUCUUCAAGAUGAAGUUCAAAGGGAGAAUGUUAAUCUGCAGAAACUACAGGCCCAGAAGCAGCAAGUACAGGAACUUCUUGAUGAAUUGGAUGAACAAAAAGCCCAACUGGAGGAACAACUCAAGGAAGUCAGAAAGAAAUGUGCUGAGGAGGCCCAGCUGAUCUCUUCUCUAAAAGCUGAAAUAACUAGUCAAGAGUCACAGAUUUCCACUUACGAGGAAGAGCUGGCCAAAGCUAGGGAAGAGCUGAGCCGCCUACAACAAGAAACUGCAGAAUUAGAGGAGAGUGUGGAGUCAGGGAAGGCUCAGCUGGAACCUCUUCAACAGCACCUACAAGAUUCACAACAGGAAAUCAGUUCAAUGCAAAUGAGACUGAUGGAAAUGAAAGAUCUGGAAAAUCAUAAUAACGAAUCAAAUUGGUGCAGUGGCCCACACAGCAUCCUUGUAAAUGGUGCUACAGAUUAUUGUAACCUCAGCACCAGCAGCAGUGAAACAGCCAACCUUAAUGAACAUGUUGAAGGCCAGAACAAUCUAGACUCUGAGCCCAUACACCAGGAGUCUCCAGCAAGAAGUAGUCCUGAAAUACCACCUUCUGAUGUGACUGAUGAAAAUGAAGUAGUGACUGUUUGUCCCGAAUUUGAGAAUGACAGACAUUCAAAAGAGGAAGAUCCAUUUAAUGCAGAAUCAAGUUCACUGACAGAUCCAGUUGCAGAUACAAACUUGGAUUUUUUCCAGUCUGAUCCUUUUGUUGGCAGUGAUCCUUUCAAAGAUGAUCCUUUUGGAAAAAUUGAUCCAUUUGGUGGUGAUCCUUUCAAAGGUUCAGAUCCAUUUGCAUCUGACUGCUUCUUCAAGCAAUCUACCGAUCCUUUUGCUACUUCAAGUACUGAUCCUUUCAGUGCAUCCAGCAAUAAUAGUAAUACAUCAGUGGAAACAUUGAAGCACAACGAUCCUUUUGCUCCUGGUGGGACAGUUGUUGUUGCAGCAAGUGAUUCAGCCACAGACCCCUUUGCUUCUGUAUUUGGAAAUGAAUCAUUUGGAGACGGAUUUGCUGACUUCAGCACAUUGUCAAAGGUCAACAAUGAAGAUCCUUUUAGUUCAGCUGCAUCAAGUUCUGUAAGCAAUGUGAUCAUUUCAAAAAAUGUGUUUGAGGAAACAUCAGUCAAGAGUGAAGAUGUACCUCCAGCACUGCCACCAAAGAUUGGAACUCCAACAAGACCCUGCCCCCCACCAGCUGGGAAAAGACCCAUCAACAAAUUGGAUUCUUCUGAUCCCUUUAAACUGAAUGAUCCAUUUCAGCCUUUCCCAGGCAAUGAUAGCCCCAAAGAAAAAGAUGCUGAUUUGUUUUGUGAUCCAUUCACUUCUACUACUACCACUACCAAUAAAGAGGCUGACCCAAGCAAUUUUGCUAACUUCAGUGCUGUAAGUACUGUGAAUGGGCUGUUUGGGGGAAAAUGUUUCCAUUUACAGUUUGAAGAGUUCAGAGAUUACUUUGGAUUCUGCCAAAUUUGUAUCAUCUCAGCCAUCUUGACCAACAUACUAGAAAUGAUCUUUCAUUCUUCUCCCCAAGAAAAACCUCCAUUUUAUUGUGUUUUGGUCAUUCUAAAAUUGUUCCAUUGCACAAAUGAUUUUAGUAGCCCUAGUUCUUUUGAUAUAUAUAAGUUCUUUUGUAAACCCUUCUGUUAG